GUCCGAUUACAAUUACAACAACACAUAUACUCGUACUAUCCUAUUCUCGUGGUAUCCAGCCAUGAUGGCAGGUUUCAUUUUACAGAUUCUGAAAUUUAUGUUGAAGAAAUAGUCCCUAUUAAAACUAAAUGGCUGGAUAGGCUACCAGUAGAGCUAAGUUUGUUUGUUUGUUUGUUUGUUUGUUUGUCUGUUUCUUUAUACCAAACAAAUAACUUAACUCAAGGUCCAUUUAUUAGAUCUCUUUUCAACCCCAUCUCCUUGCCUCCAUCAGAGGAUGAAGUUUCCCGCAUUGUCAUGGAAAUUGUCAGUUGUCCGAAGGUAAGGGACCCUGGUCAUGUGAUAACAGGUGGUCACAAAUGGUGGUUCGGUUAUACAACUGAGCGAACUCCAUCUGCUGAUGAGGACCAUGAUAUGUGGCUGAAAGCUCUAUAGGAAGUCUACAGGGCCUUAUUCACAUCUGUGGGCCAAAUAUACAGCCACAACCACAGAUCCAACUAAAGGGUGUAGCCAGUGUGGUGAAAUAGGAAGUAGGAACAGAAAAGAACCUGGUCACAACAUCAUUAAAGCUGCUUAUUUUUGAGCUCUCAUUUGACAGAAGGUGUCACAACAGAUCAGUCCCAUCAAACGAGAGGAUCCAGUUUAACAGCAAUGAAUUACUCUUCUGAGAACUCUACUGAGACCAUUUAUGAUGAGGACUAUGACGAUGAAGUCUGUGAUAAAGGCAAUGUGGUCAAAUUUGGAUCCAUUGCCGUUCCCGUUUUCUUCUCUUUUGUGAUCAUACUGAGCCUCACGGGAAACAUCCUCGUCCUUGUAAUCCUGGCUUUGUAUGAAAACCUCAAGUCUCUCACCAACAUUUUCAUCCUAAACCUGGCCAUCUCUGACCUCGUCUUCACCACCGGUCUUCCAUUCUGGGCAAGUUACCACAUCUGGGGAUGGUUGUUUUCAGAGAUCCUCUGCAAAAUAGUGACUUUCGUCUUCUUCACUGGGUUUUACAGCAGCAUCCUCUUCCUGACCAUCAUGACCAUCUACAGGUAUCUGGCCGUGGUCCACCCUCUCUCUGACCUAAGCACACAGAAACUCAGCACCGGGGUUUUUGUGUCUGUCCUAUUGUGGAUGAUCAGCAUUGGAGCAGCCAUGCCCUCCCUUCUCUACAGCUCUCUCGUCCAAAUCCACCACAAGGAUAAAUACUCCAUGGGCUGUGAAUAUCCAGCUACCCUGUGGAAAAACAUUGGUAUCUCCCAACAGAAUAUUUUCUUCUUGGUUGCUUUUGCAGUGAUGGCUUUCUGCUACAUUCAAAUACUGUGUAGAAUCUCAAAAUCAAGAUCCCACACAAAGAACAGAGCAGUUAAGUUAGUCUUCUCUAUCGUGGCCGUGUUCUUCUUCGGCUGGGUGCCGUACAACGUGGUCAUUUUUCUGAAGAUCUUGGCUGACAAUGUGGUUGCACCGUUUCAUACCUGCAAAGCAAGUAUCCAGCUUGACUAUGCAUUCUAUGUGUGCCGGCUCAUUGCUUUCUCCCACUGCUGCUUGAACCCUGUUUUUUAUGCAUUUGUUGGUGUGAAGUUUAGGAGUCAUUUGAAGUCAAUGCUGCAUCGAAUGUUCAUCCGCACAAGUCCAGCGGAAGAACAGCAGUCGAGAAUGCAAGCCUUUUCACGUGGAUCAAUGUACUAGUUGCUGUUUGUGUAUAAUUUCCAUCCAUUUAGUACUGCACUACUGAGUUGGAAAAAAUACAUAUGAUCUCAGCAAAAAUAUAGAUACUGGUUCAAUUCUGACUUUUGCUGUGUAUUGCUGCGUGUGUGUCUGUGUUAAACCUUUGUCAUAAUAUGCAGCAUGUAUGGGAUGCGACUGGAAAUGUUACAUACAGUUAUUUAAUGGCACUUUAAAAGGAGGCCAUGUCACUCAUGGGCAUGUAAAAAUAUUUGUAAUUUAGUCACAGUGGAAGGUGAGCCAUUGUAGCAAAUAAGUUCACAGAGCAAAAUGAUUUAUUAUUCAUUUAAAAUUAUACUUACUCUCACUUUUGUCAGGCGUGGUUUUCACUUACUGUAAUUAUGAAUUUAUUCUGUUCAUUUCAUACAAUGUGUCAUUGCAUACAACGGUUAAAAAGUGUUUUCAAGAAAUUCUCAAUUUACAGUUUACAGGUAGAUUAGUGUAAAUAAAAUGUGAUGUAAAAUAAUGUCAAACAUUAAAAAUAAAAACUACAAUGACUUUUUUAAA